AUGGAGGGUUCUCGGUGGCAGCCACUGGGGACUGUGCCCAUGGCUGCAGCUCACUGAGUAGCCCUCGUGGACCCAGAAGAUUCUGCUCUCGACAACCCCCAACCCCCACGACAGCCCCCCAGGCCUGCCCUGCACUGCCACAAGAUUUCUAGGAGCACCAUCGACUUGGCCUUCUGCCUCCACCAGGCGCCAGCUUUGGAGCCUCCAGUGGGAACAUUCUCUUCUCCCAGCAUCUACUUGGCUUUGGCCACAGUUUCCUUCAAGGUCCUGAUUGCCAGCAGGCCCGAACUCCUCGAGGGCCUGGGGCCCAACCUCACCAUGGUGCCCAAGACCGAGGUCCAGGAGGGGAAGCUCCAGGCCUCGAUGAAGGACCUCAGGGAUGAAACUGCAGCAAUUCUGGGGAAUCGCAUACUCCUCAGAGCCUCGUGGGCUCAGCCCUUUGACCUGUGUGCCUCUGGCCCAAAGAGAUUCUCUGUGGAUGAGCACAGGGCCAUGUGGGUCCCUUUGAUAAGACAGAAGGCCCACCAUCGUUUCUUCCACGACCUCAAGCUGCCAUGCUUGGUGCUGCAGAUUGACCACGCAACCAAUGCCACCACCUCUUUCAUCUUCCCCAAGUGGCUACAGCUGGAAGACACCCUACAGCCUAAAGCCUUCAUCAAGUGGGACUGUCUGCUCCAGACACAAGGCCCAGUGGAGUGA